AUGCGUGAAGUUCUGUCUCUCCACGUCGGCCAAGCUGGUGUUCAGCUCGGUAACGCAAACUGGGAGCUCUACCUCAACGAGCACGGUCUUACCCCCGAUGGUCGCGUCACCGAGGGCUCUCCUUCCGAGAACGAUGAUGGCUUCUCGACCUUCUUCAGCGAGACUGGAAGCGGCAAGUACGUUCCUCGCUCCAUCUACGUGGACUUGGAGCCCAACGUUAUCGACGAGGUCCGCAACGGUACCUACCGCAACCUGUUCCACCCAGAGACCCUCGUCACUGGUAAGGAAGAUGCCGCCAACAACUACGCUCGUGGUCACUACACCGUCGGAAAGGAGCUCAUCGACCAGACUCUUGACCGCGUGCGCAAGCUCGCCGAUGCUUGCUCUGGUCUGCAGGGCUUCUUCGUCUUCCACUCCUUCGGUGGUGGAACAGGUUCCGGUUUCGGAUCUCUGCUCCUCGAGCGUCUCGCUCAGGACUACGGCAAGAAGGCCAAGCUGGAGUUCAGCAUCUACCCUGCUCCCAUGAUGAGCAGCUCCGUUGUUGAGCCUUACAACUCUGUCCUGACCACCCACACCACCCUUGAGAACAGCGACUGCUCGUUCAUGGUCGACAACGAGGCCAUCUACGACAUUUGCAAGCGUAACCUCGGUAUUCAAGCCCCCGGAUACUCGAACCUCAACAGGCUCAUUGCCCAGGUGGUCAGCAGCAUCACGGCUUCCCUUCGUUUCGAUGGAUCCCUCAACGUCGACCUGAACGAGUUCCAGACCAACUUGGUGCCUUACCCUCGUAUCCACUUCCCUCUGGCUACCUACGCUCCCAUCAUCAGCGCUGAGAAGGCUUUCCACGAGCAGAACAGUGUUUCUGAGAUGACCUUCAGCUCUUUCGAGAAGGGCAACCAGAUGGUCAAGUGUGACCCUCGUGACGGCAAAUUCAUGGCCUGCUGCCUGCUCUACCGUGGUGACGUCGUUCCCAAGGACGUCAACACGGCCGUCGCAGCCAUCAAGACCAAGCGCACCAUUCAGUUCGUCGACUGGUGCCCCACCGGAUUCAAGAUUGGCAUCUGCAACGAGCCACCUUCUCUCGUUCCCGGAGGUGACUUGGCCAAGGUCAGCCGCAGUCUGUGCAUGCUUGCCAACACCACCGCCAUCGCUGCUGCUUGGAGCCGUCUGGACCGCAAGUUCGACUUGCUUUACAGCAAGCGCGCCUUCGUCCACUGGUACGUCGGUGAGGGUAUGGAGGAAGGUGAAUUCUCCGAGGCCCGCGAGGACCUUGCUGCUCUCGAGAAGGACUACGAGGAGGUCGGCAUGGACACUGCUGGCGAGGCCGACGAGCUUGAGGCUGAGGAGUACUAG